AUGGAGGCGGCGCCGUCCCCGGACCUGUCGCUGCACAUCAGCCUCCCUAGCAGCGGGGCGCCGACGCCGGCAGCAGCGGUGCUGGGCGCGGGAGGGGACCCGUGGCGACGGCUGAACGGCUCCACGGCGUCCACCGAGCUAUCCCUGUCGCCGGCACCGACGCAGGAAGAGGUUGACGUCCUGCCAUGGAGGCUUCGGCAGAUUGUGGCUUCGUCCGCCACCGCGGGGGCGUCGACGUCGGUACCUGUGACAGUUCCGACGCUUCCGCUGGAUGCCGCGGCACCGUCGGAAUCGGCACGGCCGAUCCGGGGGAUACCCCUCUACAGCAGGCCUACCCCCGGCCACCAUCCGUUCCACCACCCAAAAGCGGGGCUCUACAGCCCCUACCAGUCCACGGCGUGGCCGUCGUCCACGUCGCCUGCGGCAGCCCCUCCUCCGUCGGUGGAUCCCGCAACGGCGUUCCUAUCUCAGUCCCCGUACCACCGGAUGCUGUCGAGCACCGGGCGGCUCCACGGCGUGCUGGCCGACACCCUCCGCGGCUAUGGCGCCCUCGGCCUCGGAGGGCAGCCCUUCGGUCUGGCCUCCUCCCGCUACAUGCCCAGGCUCCCGGGCUCCCGGCGCAGCAUGCGAGCGCCCCGGAUGCGGUGGACGAGCAGCCUCCACGCCCGCUUCGUCCACGCCGUCGAGCUCCUUGGUGGCCAUGAGCGUGCGACGCCCAAGUCGGUGCUUGAGCUGAUGGACGUGAAGGAUCUGACCCUAGCUCAUGUGAAGAGCCAUCUGCAGAUGUACAGGACCGUCAAGAGCACUGACAAGCCUGCAUCCUCAUCCGGGCCAAUGGAUGGCAUCAGCUCCGGAGACGACGACCUCCCGGACCGCAUCGCCGCGCAGGCCACGUCGGGAGGCGACACGAACCCGCGGCUGUUCAGCGAGCACCAGUCUUCUUCCCCGGGGCCGGCGAGCCCUGCAGCUGCGGCUGCCACCGGCGACGUCGACUCCUCCUCAUCAGCCGACACCAAGGCGCGCGGCGAUUCAAGAGACCAAGGGCUUUCAUCAAACGGGUCCGGCAUAGGCGCUCAUCGGUUGGAUGGAGCUUCGCGCAACGUAGAGGGUGUAGAACUUUGUAGAUCAAGUAGCUUACAGUUGCAAGUACCCAACCGUGAACUGAGCUGCCCAAGCCUCGAUUUUACACUAGGGCGACCGAGUUGGCACAGUGCAGAUCAUGACUAGCUAGCUAGACACGUGUCUUGCAUAUUAUUACAACCACACUAUUAUGAUUGUGACCAUAGUUGGUCAUUGUGUUACCUACAGGAAUUCAUCAAUCCGGUUAAACAAGAAAAAUGCGAAAACAGAAGCAUGUAAUUACCUCAUUUGCCGACAAAUUGAAGAACACAUGCAGUAGUGCUUGUGUACUCUUUGCUUAGUUUCUUUUUUUCCCGUAGUUCCUUAUAGGCAUGAAAGUACUGUAGUUUGUUCGUGAGGGAAUUUCCUAGAUUAGGAAUCUCAAAGCUAUUUAUAUUUAGCUACAUGUAACCAGUGUAAUGUAUCACUGCAUGUGAAAAAUGGAGGAGAAAAGGAGAAAUCCAACCUCAGAGGAUCACUUCUAUU